CCCUAACAAAAAUAUCCAAAUAAAUGCUAGAACGCGCCGAUAGUAUCUCACUAGCUCUGCCACCUUCAUGCGUAUUCUGCUCGAUAUGAUUCAUUUGCUCCCAUUGGAUACGACAGGCUCUGGUCUAUCUUAGGUUAGUUAUACAAAUCUUUGACUGAGGUCUGAAUAGCCAUGAUCCACAGGAGGCCUAUGUGUUUUUAAUAUGUUAACACAACAAUCCGACAUGGGUUGCACCAGAUCAUGUGAGAAAUAUAGGGCAGUGUUGAGAACUUCAACAAUACUGCACACUGUCCAACUCAGGCAGUCCAUUACAUUGUGGUCGACCAAGCCUAGAGGCUAGUCCAUGAAAACCUUAGAAAUCUGUUUUAUAACUUCUAAGUCAUAAAAGGGUGUAAAGUGCUUGGCCAAAAUAUAUUGCUACUGGACUGGUGACUACUGAGGUGUGUGAUCAUUCAAGGGGACAGAGAUUUCCAGUGGCAUUGAGGCUUUGAGGGAUUAUGCUGCGCAGGACCGUCUCCUUCCCCAUUGAGGCGGGACAGCUGCAGCAGCUGGGUCUAUUGGGCUGUGCCUCCCACGGUGUGACAUCGUGCUCGGUGCUCGACCUCCCGGCUCUCCUCAACGCUCACCGGGGGCAACGCCAAUGGGAGGAUGAGCGGCGGGGCUGGUACCAGGGGCAUGCCGAGGCUGGCCAAUGGGAGGAUGACGGAGGGCUAGUGAUCAUGCCCUCUUCUACUGGUAGCACCAGGGGACCCAGGUGUAGGGAUAUGUAUGCCAGCUCAGACCAGCUAAGGUCAGUGGAAGAUGAUGGCAAUGAUUAUGAAGAGGAGAAGCAAAAUGAUGGGUCUGUCAGGCUGUAUGUGUCAGAGGAGGAGAGGAUCCUCAACUCUGCAGACCUGAGUGCAGAGGAGAGGCGUGAUGUUCUAGCAGAGUUGGUGUAUUCCCGAAGCAGCCUAAAGCAAUUGAACUCAGAGCUGCAGAGAACAGUGGAGUUAGCCGAUGACAACAACACACUGCUACGCACUGAGAACGCUGCCCUGCGCAACCAAGUUAAAGGGAUGAAGCAGUCGAUCCAUGAUGCAGAGCAGCUGAUGGAUGAGCUGGAGGAGAUCCGGAGCUUAUCAGCUGAGAAGGACUGCGCUACGGGCAACCUGGAGGCCUACAUCAAACAACUGGAGAAAGAGAAGGAGAUUUUGGAAGACCAGAUCGAGACCAUUGGAAGUGAGAUGUCCCGUAUUAUACCAGAUAGAGCCACUGACAAGAAGAAGAUCGCAAACCUCAGCCAGGCUCUACAGGCCUUACAGCUACGGCUGGAGGAGAGCAGACUCACCCUGGAUCAGAGGUAUGAGGUCAUACAUAAGAAGGACUUUGUUAUUGAGCAGCUGGAGCAGUCCCUCACAGAGUACUCCUCCAUCGCACAGGAUCUGAAGGAGAAGAUGAAGGAUCUGGAGAGCCAACUGGCAGAGGCCCUAGUUAUUGGAGGAGAGGGGGGUUACAUGGCGUUAGAUGGGACUCUGUCUGCAGCCACUCAGAGCUCCAUCUCUCUAGCGGAGGAACUGGGUCUACUGCCAUGUAGGAUGGAUGAGUCCUCUGAUGAGGAGGUGCAGGAGCAGAGAGAGGAGAGGGUAGAGAAAGAGGAGAUGCAGAGAGUGGAGGAGAGGGUAGAAAGAGAGGAGAAAGAGGAGGAGGAGGUUAAGGAGGAGAAACAGCUGUUACAGGACAAAAGUUGUGUGUGGUCAGAUCUGGUGGGAGGUGUCCAGGCAGCAGGAGGUUUCAUCCUGGGUUUCCUGGUUCCUCUGGGUGUGCUGGUCUCCAUGGUCCCUGGCUGCUACGACCACUGUUCUGGACUCAGCUGCACCGAUACCCUCUGGUCUACUGCCAGAUACCUCAUACAGCCAUACUGUAACGUGCAUCACAUAGGCCUUCCUCCUCUGUAACACAUACAUACAUAUAUAUGCAUGCAUACCAUACCUAUCUACCUACCAAACUUCCUACCUAUAUGCAUGCAUACCUACCUACCUACCUACAUACUACCUACACACACACAUUCACAAAAACGCACAAAAACACACUAACCAAACUCCAACCCACCAACCCUGAUCUUCAGGCUGCUAUGCUGUUGUUAAUGAAAUAAACCUGAAUACUGCAUCAUACAUGGACAACUGGUUGUAUUUUAAUAAAUGGAAACAGUAGAGUUGAUUUUACAAUGUGUUUCUUUUUUUAGCAUUAUUUAGAUUUUAAAUGGCAUUUUAAAGGUUGUUGUUAAUGUUUUUGUAUUUUUUUAUUGUAAUUUCUCUACAUUGUUCUGUAAAGUACUAAAGAAAUGCACU